CCCAAAGAGAACCUCCGCCAGUGAACCCUACGAAGGGCGAUGAACGCCCAGGGAUAUGCUCAAGGACAGGCGUUCACCAUUUUGAAUGAAAAGGUACUGCCUGCGCCUGCACGAUUGCUAUCAUGGUGUCCUACAAUGGACAUAAUUGCGUUCGUUGCCGAUACCAGCACAGUGUCAGUGCAUCGCAUGAGCGGUCAGCGAGUUUGGACGCAAGAUGUGAACGUCAGAGUUGAAUGCAUUGCUUGGAAGCCGGAUGGUAAACUCCUGGCAAUUGGCUUGGACAACGGGGCUACUUUGCUCUGCGACGUGAAUGAUGGGAGCGUUGCGCACAAGAUUGAUGCAUCAUACGCUUUCGGAAAAGUUUGCAUGGUUGGCUGGGUACAGGAAGAUCCAACUCAGCGACAGAGGAAAUUUCGCCGACCUGAUGGUCAGGACAUCGAGAAAUUCAUGCCACGGUUGAACAAGAUCACUUCGACAAGCAAGGCAGGCGCACAUUCGGUUUUGGAUGCUAUCGUGCAAUCCGCAGAUGAAGCGGUCAUGGACGUUCUCAUUGCAGCAGACGACCAAGGCCACCUGCACGUAAGCAUAUUCGGUACGUUUUUCCUGGGUACGGUGACGCUGCCGGUGCCAGCACCUGCACAUCACUCGUCGACCUCAACUCUCUCUACACACAUUAUCACCGUGGCGGACAAAGGAGUUCAGAAUCGACAAUGGAGUUUGCUUGACAUGUCGUUCUUCCGUCAUUACAAUGUCUCAAUCCGCAACCUAGCUUCCAUCUCAACCAAGGUUUUCUCGCUGAUUGCUUACUUGGCAGAAGCCUUUGAAGCAAUGACCGCCGAAUGGAAGGAAAUGAAGCGCAUACAGCAGCUAUACAUGGAAGCUUGCGUUGAAACGAUUGAGGAACACGGAGCAGGGCCUGUGACGCCUGUCAUCGAGCUGUUCCAACUGCUGAUGACCGGCAUUCCCAGUAGUGUACUCAGGGAAUGGCUGACAGAUCGCCUAACGGAAAGAGGAUUAAAGAGAUGGGAAAAGGCAAGCGUGUCAGGUUAUGCCGCCAUUCGGAGACUAGUGGUGGAGCAUGUUCAUCCUGCCCUCGACCGACUUGCCUUGGCUUUGACAAAGUUGGAAAAGCUGUCGAGUGAUCAGUCUCUUGAUUUACACCGACAACACGUUCAAAGGUGUCUCGACCUUCAUCGCAUGCUUUUCAUGCAGUCACACUUUCUUCUUCGAAUUAUGAACGAAGAAGACGUACGAUUCAAGUCUUUCGCGGCCUGGUUGAGGUUCAUCUUCGAUGAGAUCAGCCCGGUAGAAGGUGCUCCUCCACCUAAUGAUGAUGCGCCUGAUGAGAUUGAUGCAACCAAGGUAGCGGAGUUCAUUGUGCGAUGUUUACCGCAAUCACGGAUCAGACCGUACUUCGAGAAUGAGGGGCCCGCUCUGCCACGUCAGCAGCGACCUGAGGAGGCUUCAGAUAUUAAGAUGUCGAAGACGUUCAUGAACGACUGGUCUAUUCAACAGAUCGAAGGAGACGCUGUCUCUGACGAGGCUAGUUUGGAGAACAUCCUGAAGACCCUGAGAUUGUCCUCCAUCGAAGUAUUCCGCGCGCCAGCGCAAAUGCUACGUGAGAAAAUUUCGAUCCACCCGCAAAAGUUAUUGGCAACAGGGAAUCCCGAAGGUAGAUCUACAUCAUCUAUUUUACGAGUUGUUGAGCGCGUGAAUGAGAAGGAAGUCUUCAUGGCCUACGACGUCACUCAUGGUAGUGAGCGUGCAUUACAUGUCCACCGAUAUCUUAUAAGGGAAGAGUCAGGGUCAGACGCGAACCCGUGUUCUACAUUACUUGUGGGCAUUGCGGUAGUGAACCUUGAGGCGAACGGGGAGCCAUGUGAGGUCAAGGACCUCGCAUUCGUCGACGACCAGUCGAUGCUCCUUCUGCUAUGCACUUCAGAUAGCUCAAAAUAUGUUCUUUGGGCCUUGGAUUACUCCUCGUUAACGUACUCCCCUUUGGCUGAGGGAAGUGUGAUUACAACCGACAUUCCCUCACAGCCUCUGCAAACUUCUAGGAAGCACUGGUUUGAUGCAGCUUUUGUGCCAAGGGCAAUUGCGGUCAACGGUCGAGCUGGACGACGGAUUGGAUGCGUGAUGGCCGAAGAGCAGCAAAGAUACCUCAUCUUUGACCUAGAUGCUGAUGACGAAAGCGAGGACGGAACUGCGCAUACUGAUGAAGAAGAAAUCGAUAUGGAAGAAUAAUAGAGAUGGUUUUUGGGUUCUGCGUUCUACUUUGGAGUC